GUCGUGGUCGUGCCCAGAGUGAUCUGACCGCUGUCCUGUUAACUCCACGCUCACAACAACAUUCUACAGGAACAUCUGGUCUGGACUGGUCACCUCGUGCACAUAUAUUUUCCGUUGGUUCCAUACAGUCCUACAGAGAUAUAACAUCACAAUGACCUAUAUCGUCGCUUCGGUGUUGUGGCCAUUGGUGGGCAUCACGUCUUUCUGCUUAUCUGUGUUUGGCGUCGUCUUAAUCUGCUUCUUCCUAGACCUCUACAGGAACAGGGGUAACAAGGAAGAGCAGGCGGUGUGCUCGACCACAGGUAGCAGCGUAGAGGUGCUCACCUUAACCUACCUCCCCUCAACUUCACUGGGAUUUCACGAGACUGACGAAUUUUUGGUUCGAAAUAAUUCCCGGUCGAAUCUCCCUCUUCACGGAACUCCGUUGAGGUGCUCGGCGCUCUUGCCAAGAGCCAGGUACUCUCCUGGCUUCGGAAGAUUGAGUGAGGUGACAAAAACAAAUGAAGAUAAUCUGCCUUUUCCUUCGAAAUUCGGUUGCGAAAAUGAACCAUGGGCGUUCACAAACUUGGGGUUCAACGAUAGCGAUGAUAGGGUUCACUUGCAGGUUCCGGACGAGGACGUGGGGUCGGGUCGUGUCAGGUCCUCACCGCUGGGGAAGGGAGCAAUCGCAAAGAAAGGUGUAAAAAUCCUGGUUGGUGGGAAUCGUUCGGAAAAAAUGCCAAAACUCGACAAUACCAAGAAGGUAGAGAAGCGGCUACCAGUUGGAGGGAGACCUUUGGAGAAGGCAAAUUUAAAAUCUGCUCAGGCCUCGUGCUCGCUCGUCAAUCCUGGCGGAGACGGCUCUAAUAACUCUUCGUCAAUUAUGGCAGCGUUGGACGACUACGAGAGCGACCUCACUGACCAACUGCAGGACUUAACGGACGACGAUAGUGUGAUAAAGUUUAAGAGUGAAAUUAAACUUGCGUUUAAAGAUGUGGAAGACGAGACGCCAGAGAAGCCAGUCCACUCUGGAUGGUUUAAGGAAGAAAAUGACGCCCCUUGCAACACUUUUAAAAGCACCGUGUUAAGUGGGAAAAGAAUCUUGAGUGCCAAAGGUCCCUCAUAAGAUCUCUACAGGUUCUGAUGAUCUCGCUCAGCACAGUGAGGUGCAGAAACUGUCUUGGUUUAUCAAUCCUUUAAAUGUGCCAGGCGUGAUACCUAAUUUUUUAUUUUGGACCCACUUGUUAUAUUAUAAUGUAUAUGUGAAUAAAUUUUUUUAACUUUUUAAUAAU